AUGGCGGCGGAAGCGGCGGCUGCGGGGAAGGAGAAGAUGCUGACGCUGAUCAGCAGCGACCUCGAGAAGUUCGAGGUGGAGGAGUCGGCGGCGAGGGAGUCGCGGACCAUCGGGAACAUGAUCGAGGACAGCUGCGCCGACAACGACAUCCCGCUGCCCAACGUCAACGCCAGGAUCCUCGCCAAGGUCAUCGUGUACUGCAGGAAGCACGCCGCGGCGCGCGGCGGCGCCGAUGGUGGUGAUGCGGAGCCAACCGCUGCGACCAACAAGGCAUCAGAGGAUGAGCUCAAAACAUUUGAUGCUGAGUUCGUCAAGGUUGACCAGGCCACCCUCUUUGACCUGAUUCUGGCUGCAAACUACCUGGACAUCAAGGGGCUGCUGGACCUGACCUGCCAGACCGUCGCGGACAUGAUCAAGGGGAAGACUCCAGAGGAGAUCCGCAAGACCUUCAACAUCAAGAAUGACUUCACACCUGAGGAAGAGGAAGAAGUGAGGAGGGAGAACCAGUGGGCCUUUGAAUGA